GGAAGCUGCUCGGUUCUGACGGUCAUUGUUGUUCUGCUCCGUAGCUACGAGCUGAAGGUCUUUCCUCUCGACUGCUGCUCAGAUGAGUAGAACUGAACGUUAAAUUGAGCUGUAACAGCUCGGUGAGUGUUGCUGACCGGAAGCUAACAGAUGUGGAGACAGCGGCUCAAACAGCGCCUGGAAGCAGACGAAGAAGAAAAGUGGGAGGAGUUUGGAAGAAGCGCUGCAGCUCAGGAACAAACGGAGGGAGACACAUCCAGACGCUGUUUUCAGUCCCAACCAUCAACUGCACAUUUCAGAUGAAGUUCGUGUUAAUUGUGUGAAGCUGAGAAGAGUUUCUGGGUGAGUGAUUCAUCAGUUCGCUGGUAUCGAGCCACACAUCAGGGUUACAUAGUGGUUCCUGUCUGUUUGGUGCUGAUUAAAAGAAGAAGCUCCUUAACAUGGAAGGCCUGAUGUGGACCAACAGGACCCAGAGCCUCUUAUAGAGUGGAAGAGAAGAUCCUUGGACCAGUCUGGUGGGAGACCAACUCAAUAUGGAGGAGACAGAUAUCAGGUUUUUGGUCACUACAGUUCCUUUAAAGAGUGAGGAGGAUUAUAAAAAACUUACCAGGAACCCAGAUUUAAAGAGUCACAAAGACUGUUCCAGCUCUUCAAAAACUGACAUUAAUAAGGAUGAAGAGGAUGAUGAAAUGACCAAUCCUGACUCUCUGCUAAAGAACUCAUCAGACUUUGAAUCAGAACGUGAAGAUGGUAUGAAAAACUGGAAGGAGAGCAGGGCUUCUGAAUCAGAGGUCAAAACUGUCAACAAAUCUUUGAGCUGCUCUGAGUGUGGUAAGAAGUAUGUCAGUAAUCUGACUCUUCAAAGACACAUGACUAGUCAUUCAGGAGUGAAAUCUUCAAGCUGUCUACUUAAUAAGAAAUGUAUUGGAGAGAAGAAAAAUGUAGACUCACGCAGGAAAGUCCAGGCAAGGCCAAAAUCAAUAAGCUGUGAUGACUGUGGUAAAAUAUUUACUUGCGAAUCAAAAUUAAACAGACACAUGACAGUCCACACUGGCGACAAGCCAUUUCCUUGUGAACUUUGUGGACAAAGAUUUACUCGAAAGCACACUUUAAAUUCACACAUGAGAGUCCACACAGGAGACAAACCGUUUCCUUGUGAACUUUGUGGACAAAGAUUUAAUUGGAAGAAGGCUUUAAGCUCACACAUGAGAGUUCACACAGGAGACAAACCGUUUCCUUGUAAACUUUGUGGACAAAGAUUUAGUCAUAAGACACAUUUAAACAGACACAUGAGAGUCCACACAGGAGAAAAACCGUAUCUUUGUGAACUUUGUGGACAAAACUUUAGUGAUAAGACGACUUUAAACAUACACAUGAGAGUCCACACAGGAGAGAAACCCUUUACUUGUGAUUUUUGUGGACAUAGAUUUAGUCAGAAAACACAUUUAAACGCACACAUAAGAGUCCAUACAGGAGACAAACCCUUUCCUUGUGAACUUUGUGGACAAAGAUUUACUGUGAAGACAAAUUUACAUACACACAUGAAAGUCCACACUGGAGACAAACCAUUUCCUUGUGAUCUUUGUGGAAAAAGAUUUAGUCUGAAGACAAGUUUAAACUCACACAUUAAAGUCCACACGGGAAUGAAAAAUUUAUUUCUGUAA